AUGAAACAGUCAUACGCCUCUCAUCUGUCGAGCGGAGGGAAAAGGAAAUCGAAGGCGGCAACAGGUGGCUCGGUGGAGGAGACCAAUCGCAAAAAGGAGGGAAGAAGAAGUCUGUCAAAAAACGGCGAUCCAUCUUUGGUCUUCGUGAUUCUGUCGCCGACAGCAACAACUCGGAAAAGAAAUCAGAACAACAAGCAACAACGAUUGGGAAGGGAAGGAUGUGAAAGUAGAAAAGCGGCUCGGUGGUGGCUGUUGUCAACAGCGGUGGUGGCGGAGCAUAGUGGCAGUGGGCGCUCUCUGGUGAACCCUCGUGGGUUCCUUUCUCGUCACAGGUAAGGCACAAGAAAGAAAACGGGGAUGCUGCCCAUCUUGGUUUCGCCGGAAACUGCCACCCACCACCGAUGGUCCUUGGCAGGAAAUGAUGAAGAUGAAAGGAGGGGUUGAUGCUUCUUCAUUGGCCAAAACAGUCCAUGAAUCAGAAAAGCGAAGAGAAAUAAAGAAGGAUUUUGGGUUUUUGUGGUGAUACAUUUGUUUUCAAUUUCCAAAUUUGGUAUUCACCAUACAUUAUAGAUUUACUUUUUGAGUGCCAAAUUGGUCAAGGUGAAGCUUGAAAUCAACAUACUUGGUUGUCAAAUUUUAUUUAUUGUUGUACUUUGAGGUAAUUUUAGAAGCAAUGUAUUGCUUCAAUUAUUAAUAUGUAUUUAUGUAUGUAGAAACAUGUAUUUGGUGUAUUAUUGAGUGAUGGUGGUAAAAAUGUGAGUGUAGAUGUUAUAGUCAUAUUGCUAGAAAUUUAAAAUCAAUUAUGAUCG